AGAGUAGCCGUUCGGCCGCAGAAUCCGCCAUCAUGGUCACGUCUACCAAGGCCAGUCGCUCAAGCUUCUCGAAGAAGCCAGCAGCAGCUUCAAGCUUUGCAAAGAAACCCGCCAAGCCAAACGCCAGCAUCCUCAACUUUUUCCAGAAAGCUGCGAAACCGGAGGACUCGCUCUUUGUCGGUGCCGUGCCUGCGGAAACAGCUAAUCAAGUCGAGCCGCACGUCCGCGAUGAAGAGGCUCGAUUCAACGAGAUUGAGAGGCCGAACAAGAAGAGGAGAGUCAGCCAGGAACCAGAACCUGCCCCGCCAGUGGCGAAGGAAGACACAACAGAUGCAAAAGAAGCACCCGCCCAGGAUAGCACGAUCAAGCCGGCAAAGCCUGCGAACGGAGACGAGCCGAAGAAGCCUAAACGUCAGAUCAAGACACCCUUCAUCAUAGAAUCCGAUAGCGAAGAUGACGAUGUGGAUGACGCAAACAACAACGCACCCGAACCAAAGCCUCAGGAAACCUCGACGGAUGCCCAAUUUAACCAACUCGGGGAUUUCGCUGACCUGGACGAUUUCGGCUUAGAUGAGUUUGAAGGCGAAGAGAUGCGGGAAAUGCGCUUCAUGCGGGAGCAGGCUCGUCUUGAAGCGGAAGAAGACGGAAUUCCAGGCGAUGAUGUUGAAGACCUCUUGAAUGAUCAAGCCACGGUGGAGGAUUGCCCGAUUUGUGGCGGCAGCCUGCUCGGCGUUUCUCCCGACGAAGCUACACGACACGUCAACUCAUGCCUCGAUGGCAAUCCGAUUCCACUUCCUACGAGACAUGACACGCCAAUCAAGGAGGAAGAGGCACGAGUCAAGGAGGAGGUCGCCCAGAUAGAGGCUGCGGAGAUUAGCAAAAGAUUUGCCCGGGCGGCCGUACCCAGGCCCGGCCAGGCAAACCCCUUCGAAAUCAACACCGACAAACAGCCAAAGAGCGCCUUCUCCAAGCUCAUGUCAGGCAAUGCAGAAGAUUCAGCCUGGGCUACGGCGGCGGCGACGGAAACGGCGUCUCGAGGCCGACCUGCUUACGAACGAACAUGUCCGUUCUACAAAAUCAUGCCGGGAUUCUCAAUAUGCGUGGAUGCAUUCCGCUACGGCGCCGUUGAGGGAUGCCAGGCCUACUUCCUAAGCCACUUUCACAGCGACCACUACAUCGGCCUCACGGCAAACUGGCGGCACGGCCCAAUCUACUGCAGCAAGGUGACGGGCAGCUUGGUCAAGCAGCAGCUUCGGACAGCAGCCAAGUGGGUUGUUGAGCUGGAGUUUGAAAAGUCCUACGACAUCCCCGGAACCGACGGCGCAACUGUCACCAUGAUGCCGGCGAACCACUGCCCCGGGAGCUCUCUGUUUCUCUUCGAAAAGCCCUUUGGAAAUGGACCAAACAAGAGGGUAAAGAGGAUACUACACUGUGGCGAUUUCCGGGCCUGUCCACAGCACAUACGGCACCCCCUACUCAAACCCGAUGUAAUAGACUCAAUAUCGGGGAAAACGAAGCAGCAGCGGAUUGACAUUUGCUACCUCGACACGACAUAUUUGAAUCCGCGAUACUCUUUCCCUCCUCAAGGGGACGUCAUCCAAGCUUGUGCGGACAUGUGCGCAUCCAUGUCGGCAGACUCGAAUUGCGCCGAUGAUGUCUGGCAGAGAUCAGAGAAGUCGGCUGAAACAGGCACCAUGAGCAAAUACUUUCAGAGCGACAAGGCAACAGAAGUUGAUGACCAGUCGAAGCCAAAACCCUCUCGACCGAAGCAGCGCCUCCUCGUAAUUUGCGGCACUUACUCCAUCGGAAAAGAGAGAAUCUGUGUGGCCAUAGCUAAAGCCCUUGGUUCCAAGAUCUUUGCUUCUCCAGCGAAGAUCAAGAUAUGCAAGCAGCUCGACGACCCAGAGCUGACCGCGCUGCUGACAUCUGACCCUGUGGAAGCUCAAGUGCAUAUGCAGAUGCUCAUGGAGAUUCGUGCGGAAACCUUGCAGGAUUACCUGGACAGCUACAGGCCACAUUUCAGUCGCAUCAUCGGCUUCCGCCCCAGCGGCUGGAAUUUCCGGCCUGGGAACGGCAGCAAGGCGAUCGGAGCCAACACUCCGCCGAGCAGCAUAUCGACGCAGCAGCUUCUCCACGGGAAGGGCUGGAGGACAAGAUUUGGUGCGAAAGACCUCGUAGCGCAGAGGGGGAGCACGAAAGAAGCCAUGUGCUUUGGCGUGCCGUAUUCCGAGCAUAGCAGUUUUCGCGAGCUGGCCAUGUUUGUCAUGGGCUUGCGCAUUGACAAAGUGAUUCCCACCGUCAAUGUCGGCAGCGAGCAGUCACGGAAGAGGAUGAAGGGCUGGAUCGAUAGAUGGAUGACGGAGAGGAGGAAGGGGGGGCUGGUGAGGCCGUUGGUGGAGGGAGAAGACGACGAGCAUCAAAAGAGCAUACCGUUGUGGGAAGGGAAAGCCGGCGAGGGAGGGGGAGCUUGGUGGUGAA